UUAAAAAAGAGAAACACAGAUUGUGUAAAUUUCGAUUAGUCUACAUGGGUGUCAUCAUGCCGUUGAAUUCAGAUAUUUCAAGUGCACUUCAAUUACUGGAACAUAUCCAAGUAACUAUAAAUCAAAGUGAUGAUAUCAAGCUUCAAGCUCAAACUAAUGAUGAACUCAAUCUUAUUAUUUCAUUAUUGGAAAAUCCAAUAUUUAGAAGUGUUGUCUCUAUUCAGGAUUCACUAACGGAUUUAAAUUCCCAAAUCCAACAGCACCCUUCCAUACUCCCAGUUGAUUUUGAUUUAACUCCAGGAGGAGAUCUAGUGCUCAAUGUACCACCACCAAUAUAUGAGGCUGAUUUUAUAACUACUACUCCUAGUACAGAGAUAGACGACCAAAGAGUACCUGAGGCAAAAUUAUCACAAAGCUCAUCAGGAGAAGCAAACUCACCACCUAUUACAAGCCCUGGAAUUGAUGAGUCAUCCCUGCCUCCAAUAACCAAUGUGCCCUAUGCUCUUGAAUUCCAAAAAGCUGUUGAAGAGUCUUCUCAAGGGCGAGAUAUAUUGACAGUCAAGCUUUUUAAACCAGAAGGAAGCAGCCUAGGGUUUAGUGUUGUCGGCCUAAGAAGUGAAGAGAAAGGUGAACUUGGAAUAUUCAUUCAGGAGAUUCAGACCAAUGGAAUUGCUGGAAGGUAUGUAAACAUGCAUUGAAAUUAGAAAGCACAGACAAGUCUUACUCUUAAGGAUGGGUAAGUUUUUAUUUUUUUAAAUUUUUAUUUCUUUUUAACAAGCCCUUAUGUAACGCAACUAAAACGAACAAAUUAUUUUGGCCACCUGAAGUUUUUCAACAAGUGCUAAGCUCCCCCUUUAUUAAUUUUUAUUUAAACUUGGCUUUCUCCAGUUCUUCACUGUUGUUUAACAUCUGUCGGAAAGGAAGUUCAUGGAUCAAAUUAAUAACUGCUUUAGCUUGAGUUUAGUAAUACCAGUCAUAACUUUGUUAUUAUCUUUUUUUUUGGAUUUCACAAUAAUAAUUUUUUUUCUUAACUUGUAUGGUAAGUAUUUUUAAGGAAGCGAGUGUCUCUAAGCCUUCUUUAUUUGAGAUAUCAAUAAAAUGGAGGAGCAAUAUUUUUUUUAGUGAUUUUAGUUCAGAUUCGGAGGUUUUUCUUUCGGGCUGCCUAAAUCUAAA